AUGGAGCAACUGAAAAAAAACUGUAUAGCAUUUGAUCCUUGGGACACAUGGUGGAUAAAUAAAAAGAAUCCUCGGCAUUUAUUUGAUCCUAAUGUUAAAUAUAUUUUAGAGGUAGACGAUUAUGAAAUAGAUAAAAGAUUGAAUGAGGAAGUUAAUUUUAGAGACUUCUAUUUCUUAUUUGAAGAUUAUUCACAGUUGCAUAUUUCAAUUCAAUAUGAUAAAAAACAUCCAAGAAAGACAGCAAUUGCAAAACAGAGUUACAUACCGCUGAAGUUUUCAUUGGGUAUUCUUAACUACUAUUCGGUUGAAUAUGGAUCUAAAAUACUGGAUUGUAGUAGGGAAAUGCUUGGCAAAAAAAUAUCUCUAGAAAAAGGGCCCUUUGUGCCGCGAGUUUUGGAAGCAAUCCAAGGAACAGAUCUUAACACGUUACUACCACCAAUUAAUAAUAGAACUUUCGGCAUUACUGUAUUUAAAUACAACGCUGGUGAAAUAAUGGAUCCAGAAACUUUCAAAAAUAUCAAGGGUGGUGAUAUACUUGUUAUUCGAAGUGGUCUAUUCAUGAAACAUGAGAAGUCAAUAUUGUUAAAAGGAAAAACUAAGUUGGGAAAGGAAGCAGACCUUAACUCAGGUAUACCUUAUAGCUCAAUAAUUUCAGACUUCGAUAUAGAAAAAGGUAAGCUAAGAGUGAUAGAAGAAUAUCAUGACAAAAUUAUACAAAAUAGUUAUAGUUUAGAUCAAUUGAAGAGGGGGCAAUUGAGAAUAUUCAGAGUUGUGGAUCGUGAAUGUAUAGGAUGGUGA